GGUGGUUGCUGUGACGUCACAGCUGGGUACACAUUUGUUUUUGGUUUUCAUUUGUCAAUGUGGUGUGCUUUUACGCGAUUAGCAAACGCUAUUGAGUCUGCAAAGGUACCCUUGCUGACUAGGCAAUUUCAACAUUCCCAAAAGUACAACUACAACAUUUGUAGAACCAAAUACCAUCAAACGCCGGCCGUCAACAUUAGCCACAAACAAAUUCUAAACAUGUCCGUCGCAAUGCCAAAGGUUGUAUUCGUAUUGGGUGGCCCUGGAGCAGGCAAGGGCACGCAAUGCUCUAAAAUUGUGGAUCGCUUUCAAUUUACGCACUUGUCCGCUGGCGAUUUGUUGCGAGAGGAGCGUGCACGCGAGGGCUCAGAGUUUGGGCAGCUUAUAGACGACUAUAUACGUAAUGGCAAGAUAGUGCCGGUUGAGGUCACCUGUUCAUUGCUGGAAAAUGCCAUGAAAAAUUCGGGCAAAUCGCUAUUUCUUAUCGAUGGCUUUCCGCGCAAUCAAGAUAACUUGGACGGCUGGAACCGUCAGAUGUCCGACAAGACGGAAAUGCAAUUUGUGCUGUUCUUUGACUGCGCUGAGGAUGUCUGCGUUACACGCUGUCUGGGCCGUGGUCAAGGCGGUUCGGGUCGUAGUGACGACAAUAUGGACAGCCUUAAGAAACGCAUUCAGACCUACAACAACGAUUCCUUGCCGAUUAUCAAGCACUUUGAUCAGGCUGGGCAGGUGAAGAAAAUCGAUGCCAGUCCAGAUGCUGAUGAGGUGUUCCAGCAAGUGGAGCGUGUGUUCCUAGCCAGUGGAUUUCAGUAAAUUAGCCAAUGCUCUAGAUACUUUGGUGUUUUCAAACGUAAUUGUGUCCCUCCCCUAAAGCUUAAAUAUAUACUGUUGUUAUCGUAAUUCAAAGUUUAGACAAAAUAUAAAUCG